AUGACACUCCUUCAGAGAAUUAUUCGCAAUGAUACCGUCAAGUCGGAUCCCCCGGAGAUAUACAAUUUCCGGGUAGUCCUAAUCAGCCUUUCGGCAUGUGGAGCGUCUAUGCUUUUUGGGUUUGAUAUGGGUGUCAUUGGAGGUGUUCUUACCAUGAACUCCUUCAAAGAACAGUAUGAGCUAGUAGGAAAAGAAGACACUGUUCUAGCAAACCUCGAGUCGAACAUCGUUUCGGUCAUUCAGGCAGGGUCUUUUCUGGGUGCACUCGUGUCCACAUACGUUGCAAAUGCCAUUGGACGACGCUUAUCACUAAUACUCUCGGCAUUGAUACUGUUCGUCGGUGUUGCUUUGCAAGCUGGCGCUAGUGGCAUCAUUGGCGUCUUGUAUGCAGGACGCUUCAUCGGGGGUGUCUCCAUCGGCAUAGCAUCUUCUGUGUGUCCAAUAUAUAUUGCGGAAAACGCACCACGAGGCAUCCGUGGGUUACUCACGGGGUUCUAUCAAUUAACUCUAGUUUUCGGUCUCACGCUAGCGUUCUGGAUCAACUACGGCUGUGAACGUCACUUAACGGGAAAGGAGCAAUUCAUCAUUCCUCUUUCACUUCAAGCAUUUCCCGCCGUGAUCCUUCUGGUCGGUAUGCUUCUUGCAAACGAGUCACCUCGGUACCUCGCGAUGAAGCGACCGGAGAGAGCACCACGCGUCCUCGCCACACUCCGGGGGUUACCCGAAGACCAUCCAUAUGUGAUAGAGGAGUUGAACAACCUGCGGCUUCAACUGGAAGAGGAGUCCCAGCACUCGGAAUCAUCGACCUGGUCUCUGUUAAAAGAAUCGUUUUCGAAGAAGUCCUACCGCCGGCGAUCAAUCCUAUGCAUUACCCUCAUGAUGUGGAGCAACAUGACGGGGACCAAUGCCAUGACAUACUAUUCGCCCACCAUCUUCGCCAGUGUCGGCCUAUCAUCCUCGUCGGUGGGUCUGUUUGCGACGGGGAUAUACGGCAUCGUCAAGUUUAUAGCCUGUGGCAUCUUUAUCGUUUUCGUAUCGGAUACACUCGGACGCAGAAGAUCGUUGUUAUGGACAGGGAUUGUUCAGGGCAUCAUGCUAUUUUAUGUCGGGUUUUACGUCCGAUUUGAUACGAUAUCGGAAAACGCCCCCAUCACACCUCAAGGAUACAUCGCCCUAAUCGCCAUAUAUCUCUUUGCCGCCGUAUAUCAAUUUGGAUGGGGGCCAGUGGUAUGGUCUUAUUGCGCAGAAAUUCCCCCGGCACGCCUUCGGGCCCUCAACAUGGGCAUGGCUACAGCCUCGCAGUGGUUCUUUAAUUUUGUUGUUGCCAAAUCCACGCCGACGAUGUUUGCGACAUUGGGGAAAAAUGGGUACGGGACUUAUUUUGUGUAUGGGAGCUUUUGUUUCGUGAUGGUUAUAUAUACAUGGUUCUUUGUGCCGGAAACUAAAGGGCUAUCGUUGGAAUUUAUGGACGAGCUUUUUGAGCGGGAUACCGUGCGUGGCAAGUUUAUGCCGACGCGCGAUGUUCAUUACUUGGCCGGUAAGGCGCCAGAGUAA